UUUUCUUAAAGACAGUUCACACAUCUUUGCCUCCCCAGACCUCCCUUAUCGUUUGCAUCUGAGAAACGUUUCAGAGGAGCUAGGAGGUGCAACAAGGAUCAUGUCCAUGUGAGCUGGGAUGAGGGAAGCAGCCCUGGAGCCAUACAUCUGCAAUAAAGGCUAUAGAAGAAAGAGGAAUCACUCAGGACAAAGAGCCUUCCCUUCUCUCCAUCCUACCCACAGGCAGAGGACACUUUGGGAUUGGGGGGGUCAGCCUUGCAGGACUCUAACUACAUGUUAAGUGGGCCAACAGGUGUGACUGUGUGAGCACUGCACUGGGAGCUGCUCUUAGCCCUUUGCCAUUGGAGUGGGACACUUGUGAGCUGGUUUCUUAUUCUUUGUUGGUCCUCAAGAAGUUUUCACCAUUACUUCCAAAAGUGAAGAAGACUUCCUAGCCCUGGCAGCGUCCAGGCUGAGCCGCAGGAAGAGGGUCAUUGGUGCGGCCAUAGGGGUGGCUAUGGUACUCAUCUUGCUGAUAGCCAUCCCUCUGCUGGUGAAUAGUUCCAAAACCAGCACCCACUAUGAGAUGCUGGGGAGCUGUAAGAUGGUCUGUGACCCUUACACCCCCCAGACCCAGGAGGCCAGCCAGGAACUGGCUCUGAUAUCACCCCCUCCUCACCUGCAGGGAGGUAAGGGGGACCAGGGCAGGAAGGGCAAGUCCGGAAUAAGGGGUCUUCCUGGACCUCCUGGGCCACAAGGACCUAGAGGACCCCCUGGAGAACCAGGCAGACCGGGGCCACCGGGACCCCCGGGUCCUGGUCCUGGGGGAUACGUGUCAUCCUACUACAGCCCUAAGAUCGCCUUCUAUGCCGGGCUGAGGAAGCCACACGAGGGCUACGAGGUGUUACGCUUUGAUGAUGUUGUGACCAAUGUGGGGAACUACUAUGAGCCCUCCACGGGCAAAUUCACCUGUCCCCUGCCGGGGAUCUACUUCUUCGCCUACCACGUGCUGAUGAGAGGUGGGGACGGGACCAGCAUGUGGGCAGACCUGAUGAAGAACUCACAGGUUCGGGCCAGUGCGAUCGCUCAGGAUGCAGACCAGAACUAUGACUAUGCCAGCAACAGUGUAAUCUUGCAUCUGGAUGUAGGGGACGAAGUAUACGUGAAACUGGAUGGAGGCAAAGUACAUGGUGGCAACACCAACAAAUACAGCACCUUCUCUGGUUUCAUCAUCUACCCAGACUGAGAGUGGGAUUCGAAUGAGCUGCAAAUAAAUACUUCAUACACUCUUUCCCCGCCAGACACUUGCAGAGCAUUGCUCCAGUUACCCCUUGCCUGCAAGACAGAUUGUGUUGCUCAAUUUUACCCUCUCCUCACUGGAAACCCGCAGGACAUCUUUUCAAUAACCCCUUCUAUGCUAGAGAUGUCUAAUAUGUGUGCACAAUGAUGACCCAUCUAGCAAACAAGAGGUUAAAAGAGCUUGGUCUUCUUCCAUGUCUGAACUAAUAGGGAACUUUCCUGGACUGGGGUGAAAGACUGGGAGUCUCCUUGGUUUAUUCUGAUCUGCAGAAGCUGCUCGUGUUUGCUGGUGAUCAGCUGUUUCCUUCGGAAGACCAUGGACAAACCUCUGUUCCAUAAUGUUGUGUUUUGGCAGAUGAUAGGAAGUUGGGGGCUAUAGCAGGAGUUUUUAAAUCCAAAGUCGUCCAUCUGUAUGCAUAUGUGUAAUAAUUUAUUGUGUGCGUGUGUGUGUAUGGUUGUGUCUGUGUGUAUGCUCUGUCUCAAAAUGAACUAACAGCAUAUGACAUGGACAUAUAUAACCAGUAUACUAAAAUGUGGACACCACCUGAUAUACCAUAGGUUUAAUGAAAUAUGGGACUCAGGAGGAGAUGCAUGAUUCUUCAAGACAGUAUGUUACUGCUUUACCAGUGAUAAAGAUGAGACUUUGUGUCUUAUUUCUGUGAUCAGGGUUAUUAUAUACAUGGCUUGUGUAUCCAACCUACUUAUUUGUAUGGAUUCCACAUCACAAGUCAUCUCAAUCCAGGUUUCAGUUACAAUCCUCCAAGAUUUAUUUAAACAUCAGUUCUCACGUGUCCUUCAUCUUACAAUAAGACUGAUGUUCUCCCAGGCAUCUCACUAUAGCAUUAUAUGCGCCAAAGUAACUGUGUCAUGUUACAUCUCCAAUCAAUACCUGAAAGGGAUGCAGCAAGUUAAAUGCAAAUCUACCCAAAAAGAAUAUUAAAAAUAACCAUUGACGCUCUUCUCAUCACUGUAAUAAUGACUAUAGUUUCAAUACACGCAGGAUUACUCUCUAAACUCCAAAUAAUGAAUAAUAUAAUUACAAUCCAAAAAUAUAGACAGACAGAGCUGAUUGGGAAAAAUUUUCAAUUUCAGUUUUUGUCACAGCAAUGCCAAUUUAGCAUUGGUUUUGUUAGUCUUAUUUUUAUUCUCUAAAAUCCAAAGUUUAUUGAAUCACCGUCAUAGCGCCAUUACGUCUAAAGACCGAAACACAAUAUAUAUACCACUCUGAGUUCCUGGCACUCAUUUGGCAUGAAGGAGACCACUGGAAUUCAAAUUAGUGAGUUUAUACCAUUUCACCCUUGUGUCAGAGGAACGUGCUCUGUAUCAUAGCAUAUGCUUUGCUCACAGCUCUGACACACAGUGUUAAAGCUGGUGUAAAUGUGAAUGCCACUGGCCUGCUUCUGCCCCAUUCCCUCUGCAAUGGAAAGAGGGAUGGGACACAUUCACCACCAACACCAAGGACUCUAGCCCUGGACACUAUGCCCCAGCUCUGUGCAUGCUACUGGGUUGAUGCCAACAUCCCUCUGUCCCAUGUCUCUUUGUUGUGCAAUGUUAGCUAUUGGAGUGUUUUGUACAACUACUAAUAAAAUACACGUGAUUUCAGACCACAAUAUCAUGUCCAUGUAUCAAAGCUUGAUCACAUAUCAGAAAUGCAGUUCCGCCAUGACGUUUGGAUAUUGCGUUAGUUAGCUUUUUUUAGAACUUAUUUUACAAUACAGUGGACAUCUUAUU